AUGGCUUCCAACAAAUUUCUCACCCUAGUUACCCUUGUUGUGAUCCUUCUUCCUACAAUCGCCAUGGCAACCGACUUCGUCGUCGGAGGUGAUAGCGGCUGGACAACUGGUGUUGAUUAUUCAGAUUGGGCCAAGGACAAAACGUUUCAUGUUGGUGAUGCACUAGUGUUCAAGUACUCGAACCCACCCCACAAUGUGUUUAAGGUGAACGGAACUGGGUUCACGGAGUGUGUUAAACCAACAGCAAAUGAUCAAGCACCACUUACUUCUGGAAACGACAGAAUAGAGCUAAAGACUCCGGGAAACAAAUGGUACAUUUGCACAGCUGCCAAUCACUGUGAUUUGGGACAGAAGCUUGUUAUUACUGUUAUGGACGCCGCGCCUGCGUCCGCUCCAUCCUCUUCCGUUCGCAGGAUCAUCUUUUCCGGAUACCAAGUCUUCGCGGCCGCCGUCGUUGGAGUCCUCCUUGCUGUUGCAGUCUGA